UAAUUACAAUGCACCGUGUAAUGAAAAAAAAAUGGACGAAUAUUAGCUCGUAAACAUUACGCAAAAGUGUAAAAACAGAUGGAUCUGCAAGCAGAAAGGACGUAUUUUCCUCAUUACAAUGGAAAAUGAUACAUUUAGCAUUGAUGCAGCCAAUACGAAAGUCAUACGCAAAGAAAAGGAGAAAAUAGAACGAUUGUUUGACGUUCAAGUUGUCAUCUCGGGAAAUGAUUAUCAGUCAGAUGGAAAUGAGGUCACCGGAUUUUGUCAGUGUAGGUUGGUUGCUAAAUCAACGAAUGCACAGGAAAGCGUGGACAAAGCAAAGAGGUAUAUACAAGCACUGACAGCCGGUGGACCAGAUUUCAUAAUUGUUACAGAAACAUAUGAUGUGAAUGUUGUUAAAAGAAUUGUUCAUUUUAAAUCUGACCUUGAGAGAGAAUGUUGUGUUGUUGUUGCAUUAAGUCAAGAAAUGAAAAGUGUUAGUAUAAAAGGACACAGACAGGAUGUUGAAAAAGCAAAGCAGUUCACAGACCAUCUUGCCAAGGAGCAGAACAACAAAAACCAACAUGACCCUAAAAAUACCAAACCUUCUGAUCAUGUUUUAAUGAAAAAUGAUUCCACUGACCCUGCCAAUUCCUAUUUAAACCCUUACAGUGCUGAAGUAACAUAUUCAAACGACUCUGAUGACGAUAGUUCAGACGAUGAUGAACAGGUAGAUAGGACCACUCAGAACUAUCAGAGCAAGUUAGAAUUCGCUUUUAAACUAGGUUAUGGUGAAGCAGAUUUGAUGAAUGCUUUGAAAAGUUUGGACACUGAUGCUGGGCCAAAUGAACUGUUGUCUGAAUUAAUCAAAAACAGUGCUUUGAGGCAAGGAGAAAGGGAUGAUGAAGAGGCACAUUAUGGUGGUAAUGACAGUGGUAAAGGUGACUUGCCUGACAUACAGGGAAAUCAGAGGAAAGCAUAUAUUGACAAUGACUCAAGUCCAUUUCGGCAUGUGAUCAUGGAUGGAAGUAAUGUAGCAAUGAGCCAUGGAAAUAAAGAGACAUUUUCCUGUAUGGGAAUCCAGUUGGCUGUGGACUGGUUUAAGGAGCGAGGGCAUACUAAUAUCACGGUAUUUGUACCACAAUGGCGCAAAGAAACAUCUAGAUCAGAUGCUAGAAUUAAAGAUCAGCAGAUACUAAAUGAGCUGGAAACAGAAAAAAUACUGGUAUUUACUCCAUCCAGACGUAUUGGUGGGAAAAGGGUUGUCUGCUAUGAUGACCGGUACAUACUCAAGCUUGCUGUUGAUACAGAUGGUAUUGUCGUUUCCAAUGACAACUAUAGAGACUUGAUUGGAGAAAAUGAUCAAUUCAAGAAAGUGGUUGAGGAGAGACUUCUUAUGUACUCUUUUGUCAAUGAUAGAUUUAUGCCACCUGACGACCCACUAGGAAGGAAUGGCCCCACACUUGACAACUUCCUGUUAAAGGAACCCGCAGAGCCCGAACCCUUGCCACCACCUUGUCCAUAUGGGAGUAAAAAGUGUACCUAUGGCAACAAGUGUAAAUACUACCAUCCAGAGAGGCGAACCCAGCCACACAAAUCUGUCACAGAGAAAUUAGCGGAGCAGGCUAAACAACGCAUGCUGGAAAUGCGUCGAGAAAAUUCUCUGCCAGCAGAUGGGAAGAAGAAGUUAACUCGCACCAAGACCCCUCUUCAGCGAACACAGUCGGGAAACCCUGAAGAAUUGAGGAAAACUGAGCUGUUACAUGACUCCUCUGGAAGGAAUGAAGAUAAUAAAGUUGACGACUACAACCAGAAACUGUCUGAAGGUUUGAUGAAAAUGGAAUUAGACAGGGCUUUGAGUGAUUCUGACAGUCUUAGAGGGAGUUCCCCGAAGAAAGAAGAUAAGCGAGAUUUUUCACCAAGAUCAAAACUAGGUGAUCAACAGGGGAGGUCAAGUCCACGGCUGACUGAAUUGAGGCAAAAAGGCAGAGGUUCCUCAAGGGGAAAUUCACCAGUAAAUCUUGUUGUUCCUGGACUCCCUGAUCAGCAAGAUGAUGGUCAAAAAUUUCUAAGUGGACAUUUGCUUUUAGCAAAGAAAUUGUCUGACGAAGCUAAUGAAUCUGAUAAGUUGAAGAAGAAAUCUAAACCUAAAGAUGGUCUUGGAAGUCUAAAUGCUAAGACUCAACUUAAGUUCACUGCCUCAGAACCUCAGAAGCAAGCACUUGGGAAGAAACAACCCUUGUCACGGACAAGCGAAAAGCAGAAAUUGUCUCGCCAGUUGUCGUUACAAGGUGGGGAGGAUCCAAGAUUGGGUCAGGAUCGUGUACCACUUCAUGCUCAGUUGUCAUAUGACCCAAGAAGAUUAAGGAAAGAUCAGCCGUUUGCUGUAGGGGCAAUCAAUCCUUCUGAAAGACAGAAAAUGUUACAAGAUUUCAUGCAUGUACAACGCCUAGACUUGAUGUCUGGUGGGGAGAGGGGCAUAUAUGGUGGUGAAGAACAACAGCAGCCUAGGCAUUUAUCUCAUGAUUUUGUUCGAGGUCAUGCAGCACUUGGUAGAAUGCAGAGUGCUCCUGACCCCUGUUUACAACACCAUCCAACCCCUCGCCAGACACCUGCAAUGAUGAGACAGAAUAGCUCAUCAGAUACUCAGUUAAACAAAAUGUUCAGUUUCGAAAGUGAUAUGCAGAUGGAUGGCAUGAUGGCACGGGGUCCAUCAGAGGGGUUACAAAUGAGAAACAGGACUGAUCCAUUGACAUUCCAGAUAGGAGGACCAACUAGUCAAAACAUGCCACACUAUCAACCCAUGAGUUCUACAGGUCAGAGCUUUUCCCCAGUCAGUCCCUUAGAUUACCGAUUCCAGGCAUCUAUAUCCCCAGACUACCAACAUCAAGGUUCACACUUCCUCCAAUCAAAUCCAAUGCUCCCUCAUCAACAGCAAAAUUUUAAUCAGGGUCAAACACAGUAUCAUUUUUCACCAACAAAUGUCCCAUAUCUAGACCAUUCAAAUGUAUGGUCUGCUCAAAAUCAAGUUCAACAAAAUGUUAAUUUUCCUGCACAAUUUGUAAAUAGAAAUCUAUCUCCCCAUACAAUAACAAACCCAGAUGCUAACUUGCUGCCCAACAACAUGAAAAACAUGCAAGGGCAUAUUCAGCCUUUUCCUAUAGAAACCCGUGUACCACAAGAUAACGCCAGGAUUAAAUUAUACGAGUCAUUGUGUAACUUAUUUCCUAAGGAAAAUGUGCGUAUGGUCAUGAACCAGUAUCCUGAUGAGGAUAAUCCAAAAACAUUAUGCGCAUAUUUGAUAAACUGUAACUAAAAAAUUACCCAUUUUGUUGAACUUUUUGAUUCUGAUCUCCAUACUUUGUACUGGUAUAUGUCUGGCAGAUUGUCAGGUAUUUCUUUCCUCAUCAUUUUUACAAGUGCUUUGCUUUUUUUCUGGUGCAAAACCAAUAGUUGAAAUUGUUGUUGUUAAUUUUUUCUACUUUAUACCUUUUAAUAUGUAUGUUUAGCUACCUUUUCUCAUGGAUGUAUACAAGUUUUAUUUUAUAUUUUACACUUUUUGAAUUAUUGUAUAAAUGAAAUUGUAUUUGGUGAAAGUUUAAAUAUUCAAGAAAACCUAAGCCCAAUUUAUUUCCUGUUUGAAAUAUGAAAAUUAUGGUUCUGGUGUUACAUGUGUAAGUUUAAUUGGAUUAGCAUAUCAUUUCAUAGUCCAGCAGUUACAUUGAUUGCUAUGUCAGAUUGUUUGAGAAUAUAAUUGAGCCGCGCCAUAAGAAAACCAGCAUGGAUCCAGACCAGCCUGUGCAUCCGUGCAGUCUGGUAAGGAUCCAUGCUGUUCGCUAAUGGUUUCUCUCAUUGCAAAAGGCUUUGAAAACGAACAGUAUGGAUCCUGACCAGACUGCACAGAUGCUGGUCGCAAACGCACUAUGUUGGUUUUCUUAACUGUGAAGCUUGUUUGAAAAUAUAUAAAUCUUGAUUAUGAAAUGAUGCAAUUUAGUUGAAGAUUGAUAGAAAUCUGUCAUUCCAGAAUUCAAAAGCAAAAUGACAUAUUAUCUUUAAUUGGCGAAAAAUUUUGAAAUAUGCCAGGUUUUUUUGUAUUUUUACUUUUUGAAGAAAACACCAUGCAGUGUAAAGAUUGCAGAAACGUUUUAUUAUUACAAUGUAUUUCACUUGUUUUUUCAUCACAUUAGAUGGUAUUUGUUAGUGAUAACAGUUUGUUUUAACCAGCAUUCUUUUUUUUUUUUUAACAGUAGCCAGCUAUAGCCUGUUUCAUAAACCACUUUGUGCCAUUCAUGGCUACAUGGGAAGACAACUGGGUUGUUUUUCAGGGAAGACAACUAUGUUGUUUUUUUGUACAUCACCAGUAAGGUGAUAGAUGAUAGGUACCUCAAUUGUUCUGAGGGUUAAACACAUGUUUUUAGCCUGUCUUUGAAAUUAGAAGCAUGACUUGUAUACGAGCGGUACGUUCUGUAACAUUUUGAAAUGAAUCUUUUCAAAAUAUCAGUUACAAAAUGUGUAAUGACUAAUGAUUUGAAAAGGAAGCUUCAAAAAGAAACCAAGAAUCCAUUUAAACAUAGAGAACUUUUUAGGUUGGUUUCAAACAGUUCUCCUCUGAUAAUCUAACUUCUAAUUUUGAAGACAGCAUCAGCCACUGUUUAAAUAUGUCACAAAUUUUCCCAUGACUGGUGUUAUUUGCAAGGAAUAAACUUUUAAUUGUUGUAAAAUCUGAUAAUAAAAUGUAUCAUUAUCUGUUGUCAUUAAAUGAAAAGUGAUCUUUAUUUUAGUUUAACUAGUCUAUACAUCCAACCAGCAAGCACAGAUUUUCAAAUUUUUUACUCUCUUACACCAGGUUACGCAGUUACACCAGGUUACGCAGUAUUAAGUGAAUAAACUGAGUAGAUUAUUUGCUUGCAAAUGAUCACCGACAGUUUUACUUGUUUAACUAUAGUUAGGUUAAAGGUCAUAUAUUGACCUUACAAUGAGCUAAUUUACAGCUUUCACUUUGCUGGGCUGUGUUACUGCAAAACUUUGUUUUAUUAGAAAAUCAAUAAAAUGUAAUGGUCUAUAACCUAUACUUGCAGUUUACAUAUUGAUGAUUUGCUAAAAGACAUUGUGUCUGAAAUCGUUUGUCCUCCACCUCUGAUAAUUCAUGUGGGGAAGUUGGCAGUUACUUGUGGAGAACAGGUUUGUACUGGUACAGAAUCCAGGAACACGGGUUAGGUUAACUGACCGCCGUUAUAUGACUGAAAUACUGUUGAAAAACAGCGUUAAACCCAAAACAAAUAAAUAAAUGAAUUGAUUAAUUAUGGUUUUUUAUAGUGAGUUUGAGCAUCUGUCUGAAAAGAAUGGUUAUUCAUCAUUCUGUUGAAUUAUUUAGAUAGGGUUACCAUUAUAAUGGGGCCUCCAGGGCAAAGUGGUUAAAGUUGUUGUUCCUUCCCAACAGUAAGAUUGCCAUCUGGCUUUCAGAAGUAUGGUAUUUCUCCUCAAAUGAUGCAUGUGUCUGAAUUAAUCCAGGAAGAGAACCUGAAGGGUCUUUUUCCACCUUUACAAGCUGAAAAGUUGCCAUAUUGUGUGGUUAUACCUGAAAACAACAGGAAAAAAAGUUCAAACUAGUUACAGAGAUUACCUUAUUUAAUAUAGUUAUAGUUUUUUUGUGAAAACUGAGAGAAGUAAUAAUUUCACAAUAAUUUUGUAUUUAUUCCUUGCUAUAUAUCACCUUAUAAGGGUUUAAAUGUUAGAUUUUCACUGAUUAGAGUGUGUAAUUCAACGUAAAACUUAAUAACAAGUGUCAGUUAUUGUAAAACUAAUAUGGUAUCGGUUAUAUGUACAUGUUUGGUUUGAGCGAUUUAUAUGUAAAUAUUUUUGUGUGUGUACACUGCAUUGUAAUGUUUUUCUACACAAACUGCAGAAUACUGUUGAUUCUAUUUUGAUUUUUAGCUUGACUAUUCGAAGAAUAAGUAGAGAUAUCCUAAUCAAUGCGGCAGUGGUGUCAGACCUUGGGUAAGUUUUUCGACCCGUCCACAUUUUGACAAAACCUCUUGACAUACAGCUUUGAAACAUUCAACACCUGUGUACCAUCACCAUAUACAAUAGUAAGCAAGAAGGCAAGAGUACAUAACUCCAUCAAGUAUUUUGUCUGAAUUAUAGCCCCUUUUAGUUUGAAAUUUUUAUUAAGUUUUUCAAACCAGUUCAUUUUGUGUAAACCCGUUGGGGUCACUCCAUCAAAAGUCAAGGUCGCAGGAGUCUGAACAUGGAAAACUAUUUUCGAUCAACAACUUGAGAACCACUAGACCUAGAAUGUUGAAACUUCAUAGGAUGAUUGGACAUGCAGAGUAGAUGAUCCCUAUUGAUUUUGGGGGUCACUUGAUCAAAGAUCAAGGUCAAAGGGGCCAGAACAUGGAAAACCAUAAAUGCAUGUACGGGUACAUUGUCUUAUCUAUUUUCCUCCGUUUCUCUGAAAAUCUCUGGUUAUAUUUUGACCCAUACUUAAUGUACAUCAAUUCUUUAAAUAGUUGAGCACGUUGUCAACAGACAGCUCUUGUUAUUACUUCAGUCACUAGGUGACUACCAGGUGUUCUGGAUGAUUCUAUUUUGUUCUCAGUGUUCAAAGAAACCCUUUAGUUUCUUCAUGUAUUUGUGUACUCAUUAGUUCAAGUAAGCGAUAUUUUUCCAUACACCACCCUCUUGUUAUAUAUAAUUAUUAUAUGAUGUGUUUUGUUACAUUGCCAACAUAGACUUUAAUUUUUUUCUUUGGAUAUUAUGGGUUUUGUAACACUAUAAAAAGUCUGUUUAAUGUGUUUGUGAAUUGUAUAUUUGUUUACAUAUUGAUGAAGUAUUUUAUUUUUAUAUUUGUUUGUUAAUUUAAAAAACAGAAUAUAACUAUGUAAAUAAAAUGAUUUAAAAUUUUGUAUGCUCAUCUGAAAGAUGGGAUUUAUUAUGGGAAUGCCCUUGACAGGCGGGCAGGCAGAUUUGUGAGCAGGCUUGGGGAAAGUGGGGCAAAUGGGUGGGUGGCAUCCACAAACUUUGUCUGGAGCAUUUCUUCUUCAUGCAUAGAGGGAUUUUGAUGCAAGUUGGCACAAAUGUUCACCACCAUGAGAUGGAGUGUCUUGCACAAGAACCAGGUCCCUAGAUCACAGAGGUCAAAGGUGAAAUUCAAGAAUGACUGUCCGGAGCAUUUCUUCCUCUUGCACGGUGGGAUUUUGAUGUAACUUAGCACAGUAGUUCACCAUAGUGGACGUAUUUUGUGACUAUGGCACCCUGGUUUUAUUUAUCAUGUAAUUAAUUGUAUUGGUUUCUUUAAUAUGAUAAGUGAUACCUGAAACAUUAUAUACAGUGAAAAUCUGAGAUAUCGAAUUCACUUAUCUCAAAAUUCUGGCUUUCUUAAAGACAUUUUCAAACUUGUAACAAAAAUCUAAUAAAAAAAAAUAAUGCAGGAAAUAUCAUUUUAUGUGGAAUUUUGAUUAUCUCAAACAUUGAUACUUAACGGAACGAAUUGAAGAUACACUGCAUUGUUACUUAAUGAAUUGAAGAUACGCUACAGCUUAACUUGCGUAUUAAUUUUGUAUCAAGACCAUUCAUUUGAGAACUGAUAUGUGGUUGUUACCUGCAUAUGGACAUUACACACAUGUAAAAAUACACUGCAGUUGUUAAUAUCAGAAGGGAAGAAGUUUGUCUCUGUAGCCAGGUUUUUGUUAACGUGGUCUGUCGCAAAAGCUAGAAGAGAUAUUUUUAUAGCUGUUUCCAUAUUUUGUUAAGUUUUUGAAAUGUUUUCUUUUUUCCUGUACUGUACAUUGGGUAAUUUUUGGGGGUGCUUUAUUUAGUUAGUUCAUCGUAAGCAGCCUUAUUUCACGGUGUUAAUAAUUCAUGAAAUUGAGCUUUGUGUUUUAGGUUAUGAUGAAGAGCAAUAGUCACAAAUAUAUAAAGUUUGUUGUGGCGUUACUUGCAAAUAGUGGUAAAAGUAAAACAAUGUUGAAUACAACCCUAUAUACAGUUGUCUAAAUUUUUAUAGCAAACAUAUUCCCAAGGUAUGUCAAGUGUUUUGUGUUGUGCUUUCAGUGUAAAUCAGGUCCUGAAGAAUUUCUGUGACAAACAGUGAAGAUUUUGAUAAUUCUGUAUAUCUGUAAAACCAUGUAUUUGUUACGUUUUUACCUCUGUUUUUUUAUAAUAAUGAAGUUUGAAUAUUGAUGCAUUUGUAAGACAUAAAUUACAUUGGAGAAUCAUUCUAGUGCAUGUAAAAAAUCUGAAAAGUCUUUGUAUUGACUAUUUUGAUUUUUUUUUUACUCAGCAAAGACCCUUAGAAUAUAGGGGACAUAUUUGUUUUACAAAGAGUCAUAAUAACCACUUUAAACAGCCUGCAGCUAAAUUGUUCCAUGUGGUUCAUGGACAACUUCUGUAUGAGAGACAUCGCAACCAAUGUCUUACCCUUACAUGAUCAUGAGAUGCAACAAAUAGGGUCUGAAAAUGUGCUUUUUACUGUAUCUCUGUGAUUCCAGCAGGUUUUAAGGUUUUAAUUCCAUACUUUGUAUUUUUAACCUUCAGCCAGCUGGCGGCAAGUGAUUAUGCCUUUGCGACCAGUGCAGACCAAGAUCAGCCUGCACAUCUGUGCAGGCUGAUCAUAGUCUGCAAUGUUCGCUAUUCAGUCAAUAAAUUUUCAGUGAAUACCCGUUCAGAAAUAAAUGAUAUUGCCAAAAUUGAAUGAUGGACCAGUCCAUUUUAGAAAUUUAGCAGGGUAAAGGUUAAUACAGUUUGGUGCAGUAAAACCGAAAUCUAAUAUCUUUCGUGUACCUGAAUCACUGUCAGUUGGAAUAUAUGUAUUGAAUAAUGAUAUUUAUCUAAACUACGUCAACUAUUGUAUAUUAUGUAUUAGUGUAGAUUGUUUUAAUGUUACAUUGACAUUCUAGUCUAUUACAUAUUUUCAAUAAAAGUAUUGUUCAGAACCUUA